AUGGAUUUAGGAUUCAAAGACCGUAACAACAGCACACAUACCAAGAACACCUCUGCUGCAACAAAGAAUUUUUCUGCCUGGGAAGACUAUAAGAGUAGUGUUGAUGACAUGCAGUACUUUCUUAUUGGGCUGUACACACUUAUAAGUCUGGCUGGCUUUGUGGGAAAUCUGCUUAUACUAAUGGCCCUACUGAAGUGCAAGCAGAAGACAGUAAUAAACAUUCUCAUUGGAAACUUGGCCUUUUCUGACAUCUUGGUUGUGCUGUUUUGUUCACCUUUCACGCUGACAUCCGUUCUGCUUGACCAGUGGAUGUUUGGCACUGUCAUGUGCCAUGUAAUGCCCUUCCUCCAGUGUGCCUCAGUCCUAGUUUCAACUCUGAUGUUAAUAUCUAUUGCUGCAGUCAGGUACCGUAUGAUAAAGUAUCCCCUCUCCAGCAAUCUCACAGCAAAACAAGGCUAUUUCUUAAUAGUGAUCAUUUGGGCCUUUGGCUUCACAAUUUGCUCCCCUCUGCCAGUUUUCCAUAAAACCGUGGACCUCAGCAAAACUCUGAAUUUAGAGGGACUGGAGAACAGGCUGCUGUGCAUUGAGUCAUGGCCUUCUGAUUCCUACAGGAUCGCCUUCACGAUAGCCUUGCUGUUCAUGCAGUACAUCCUGCCGCUGGCGUGCCUGACCGCCAGUCACACCAGUGUCUGCAGGAGCAUAGGUGCUAGGCUGUCAAACAAGGAAAACAAGUUUGAAGAAAAGGAGAUGAUAAACCUAACUCUUCAUCCCUCUAAGAGCACUGGCACACAGGUUCAACCCUCCAGAUAUUCCAGGUGGAGCUGUGCCUUUGGCAGAAGGCACCACAGAAGAUACAGUAGAAAGACUUCAAGUGUGAUGCCAGCUAUUUCAAGGCAUCAUCAGGAUACUCAUUCCAGAGAUCUCCCAGAAACCUCUGACACAGAAAAAAGCCAGCUCUUUUCUUCCAGUAAAUUCAUCCCUGGGAUCCCUAUCUGUUUUGAAAUGAAACCAGAAGAAAAUACAGAUAUCCAGAACAUGAUUACAGUAUCCCAGUCCAUCAUCAGAAUUAAGACAAGAUCGAGAAGGGUUUUUUGCAGACUGACAGUGCUAAUACUAGUUUUUGGCUUCAGCUGGAUGCCUCUUCACCUUUUCCACAUUGUCACAGAUUUUAAUGCUACUCUCAUUUCCAACAGGCACUUUAAAUUAGUAUAUUGCAUAUGCCAUUUGUUGGGUAUGAUGUCCUGCUGCUUGAAUCCCAUUCUCUAUGGGUUUCUUAACAACAGCAUAAAAGCUGAUUUAAUGUCCCUUAUUCCAUGCUGCCAAAUACCAUGAUUUUAUGUGCCCCAAGAUAAAGUAAAACAAACAAGUAUGGCUUUCAAGCCUAGUGGCGUGUGUAGCUGUAAAAGCUAAAUUAGUUUAGUUUAGUUUAUGUGACUUGGUUGUGAUUAGUAGCAUUUUUUUGUGGAUGGGAAGUUCUAUGGCUGCAUGUAUUUCUUGCAUUGGGCAGAAAUAUAUGCAUAUGUUAUAAUAUUCUUUUAUCUGUUACAUGUAGGAAAUCAUGCCCAUUGUGCAAAACCAGAAUACCAUUUUCAUUACCCAAAUUGUUGGCAACCUGUACUUUGGAAUUAUACAGAAUAUAUAAUGAGUAAUAAAUGUGAGACA